GCUCUUCCGACAUGAGGCGGCGGCCCCGUGGGGCUCGGCAGUGGCGGUGGCCGCGGCCGCGGCGGCAUCUCUAGCUCCCUCGGGAGGCUGCCCCGGGCCGGCGUCCCGAGCCGGCGGCGUCGCGGGAGCGGGCUCUGCGGCAGUGCCGCGCACGGGCCGCCGGCGGAGGGGCCCGCGCCCUGCCCGCCUCCGGUGCCGGGCGUCUCCCGGGCCCCGGGCAUCCCCGCGCGCGGGGUCGGCCUCGGGAGCGGGCGGGAGCGGCCGGCAGGAGCCCUCUCUGGACGGGUCGCGCUGACGGGGGCGGCCGAAGCGCCGCGGGCUCCGCACACUCGCCGCCCGCCUCCCUCCCGCGGGGCCGCCGGGCGCGGGCGGGACAGAGGGGUCCGGCCGGCGGCCUGACGCAGCGGAGGCGCCGCGCUCCGCGCAGCAUGAGGGGCCCGCCGCCGCCGCCGCCCGGGGAGCCGCGUUUGCCAGAGCGGCCGGCGGCGUGAGAGAGCUCGGGCCGGACUCCCCUCCGCCGCCGCGGGGGGCACAGCAGGCGAGGGUAGCGGCGAUCCCCGCCGGGGGCGGCUGCGAGCGCGCGGCAACAUGGCUUCCCCGCCCCACCAGCAGCUGCUGCAGCACCACAGCACCGAAGUGAGUUGCGACUCCAGCGGAGACAGCAACAGCGUGAGGGUCAAAAUCAACCCCAAGCAGCUGUCGUCCAACAUUCAUCCCAAACACUGCAAGUACAGCAUCUCCUCCAGCUGUAGCAGCUCCGGGGACUCCGGGGGUGUUCCCCGGAGAGUGGGCGCUGGAGGCCGCCUGCGCAGGCACAAGAAGCUGCCCCAGCUGUUCGAGAGGGCCUCCAGCCGCUGGUGGGACCCCAAGUUCGACUCGGUGAACCUGGAGGAGGCUUGUCUGGAGCGCUGCUUCCCGCAAACCCAGCGCCGCUUCCGGUACGCGCUGUUCUACAUCGGCUUUGCCUGCCUGCUCUGGAGCAUCUAUUUCGGGGUCCACAUGAGAUCCAAACUGAUUGUCAUGGUAGCCCCUGCUCUGUGCUUCCUCGUGGUGUGUGUGGGCUUUUUCCUGUUUACCUUCACCAAGCUGUAUGCCCGACGUUAUGUGUGGACCUCGCUGGUUUUCACCCUCCUGGUGUUCACUCUGACCCUGGCUGCCCAGUUUCAGGUUCUGACGCCUCUCUCAGGACGUGUUGACAGCUCCAAUCAUACUCCCGCAGCUAAGUCCACAGACACUUGCUUAUCUCGAGUGGGGAGCUUUUCCAUGUGCAUUGAAGUGCUCUUUUUGCUCUACACCGUCAUGCACUUACCUUUGUACUUGAGCUUGUGUUUGGGAGUGGCAUACUCUGUUCUUUUUGAGACCUUUGGUUAUCAUUUCCAAGAUGAAGACUGUUUCCCCCCACCCGAAGCAGGGGCCCGGCACUGGGAGCUGCUGAGCCGAGCCCUACUCCAUGUCUGCAUUCACGCCAUUGGGAUCCACCUCUUCAUCAUGUCCCAGGUGAGAUCCAGGAGCACCUUCCUCAAGGUGGGACAGUCAAUUAUGCAUGGGAAGGACCUGGAAGUGGAAAAAGCCCUGAAAGAGAGGAUGAUUCAUUCUGUGAUGCCAAGAAUCAUAGCUGAUGACUUGAUGAAACAGGGGGAUGAGGAGAGUGAGAAUUCUGUGAAAAGGCACGCUACCUCCAGCCCCAAGAACAGGAAGAAAAAGUCUUCCAUACAGAAAGCCCCGAUAGCAUUCCGCCCGUUUAAGAUGCAGCAGAUUGAAGAGGUCAGUAUCCUGUUUGCAGACAUUGUGGGCUUCACCAAGAUGAGUGCCAACAAGUCUGCCCAUGCUCUGGUGGGUCUCCUCAACGAUCUGUUUGGUCGCUUCGACCGGUUGUGUGAAGAGACCAAGUGUGAGAAAAUCAGCACCCUGGGAGACUGCUACUACUGUGUGGCAGGGUGCCCCGAGCCCCGGGCCGACCAUGCCUACUGCUGCAUCGAAAUGGGCUUGGGCAUGAUAAAAGCCAUCGAGCACUUCUGCCAGGAGAAGAAAGAAAUGGUGAACAUGCGUGUUGGGGUUCACACGGGGACUGUCUUAUGUGGCAUCUUGGGCAUGAGGAGGUUUAAAUUCGACGUUUGGUCCAAUGACGUGAACCUGGCCAAUCUCAUGGAGCAGCUGGGCGUGGCUGGCAAGGUUCACAUUUCUGAGGCCACUGCAAAAUACCUAGAUGGUCGGUAUGAAAUGGAGGAUGGGCGAGUUACUGAACGCCUAGGCCCCAGCGUUGUUGUUGACCAGUUGAAAGGUUUGAAGACAUACCUGAUAGCGGGUAAGAGAGUGAAGGAGUCUCAUUGCAGCUGUUCAGAGGCCUUGCUUUCUGGCUUUGAGGUCAUUGACGGCUCACAGAUGUCCUCAGGUCCUAGGGCACAGGGGACAGCAUCACCAGGGAGUAUCAGUGACUUGGCGCAGACUGUCAAAACCUUUGAUAACCUUAAGACCUGCCCUUCAUGCAAAAUUACAUUUGCUCCCAAAUCGGAAGGUGUUGCAGAAGCAGGAGCAAUGCAAAAUGGCUGUCAGGAGGAGCAUAAAAAUAAAAACAAGGUUCCUGGAGGACAUAAUUCCAAAACACAGAACGGACUCCUGAGCCCUCCCCAGGAGGAGAAGCUCACCAACAGCCAGACCUCCCUGUGUGAGAUGCUACAGGAAAAGGGAAGGUGGGCAGGGGUCAGCCUGGACCAGUCUGCUCUCCUUCCACUGAGGCUUAAGAACAUUCGGGAGAAAACAGACGCCCACUUUGUUGAUGUGAUCAAAGAAGACAGCCUGAUGAAAGAUUAUUUUUUUAAGCCACCCAUUAAUCAGUUCAGCUUGAACUUCCUGGAUCAGGAGCUAGAGCAAGCCUACAGGACCAGCUAUCAAGAAGAGGUUAUAAAGAAUUCUCCCGUGAAGACUUUUGCCAGUGCCACCUUCAGCUCCCUCCUGGAUGUGUUUCUGUCAACAACAGUGUUUCUGAUUCUCUCCAUCACCUGCUUCCUGAAGUACGGGGCCACUACCACACCUCCCCAGCCAGUCACCCUGGUGGUCUUCGGGGUGGCCCUGCUCCUGGAGGUGCUGUCCCUCAUGGUCUCCGUCAGGAUGGUGUUUUUCCUGGAGGAUACGAUGGCUUGUACCAAGCGCCUGCUGGAGUGGAUCGCCGGCUGGCUCCCGCGACAUUUCAUUGGGGCCAUCCUGGUGUCACUUCCCGCUCUCGCAGUCUAUUCACACAUCACUCCCGAAUUUGAGACGAACAUCCAUUUCACCGUGUUCAUGGACUCGGCCAUCCUCGUCGCCGUGGUGCACUACUGCAACUUCUGCCAGUUCAGCUCCUGGAUGCGGUCCUCCUUGGCCACCGUCGUGGGGGCCGGGCCCCUGUUCCUGCUGUACGUCUCCCUGUGCCCGGACAGUUCCGAAGUAAUUUCCCACCAUGGUGCAGUACAGAAUUUCAGUUCCGAGAGAGACCCGUGCGGUAGUUCGUUGCCACCUGACAGCAGGAGACCGGUCAGCCUGAUCGGCCAAGAGGUGAUCCUCGCCUUCUUUCUCCUGCUCUUGCUGGUCUGGUUCCUGAACCGGGAAUUCGAAGUCAGCUACCGCCUUCACUACCACGGGGACGUGGAGGCCGACCUGCACCGCACGAAGAUCCAGAGCAUGAGGGACCAGGCGGACUGGCUGCUGAGGAACAUCAUCCCCUACCACGUGGCCGAGCAGCUGAAGGUGUCCCAGACCUACUCCAAGAACCACGACAGCGGGGGCGUCAUCUUCGCCAGCAUCGUCAACUUCAGCGAGUUCUACGAGGAGAACUACGAGGGGGGCAAGGAGUGCUACCGGGUCCUCAACGAGCUCAUCGGCGACUUCGACGAGCUCCUGAGCAAGCCCGACUACAGCAGCAUCGAGAAGAUCAAGACCAUCGGGGCCACGUACAUGGCCGCCUCGGGGCUGAACGCCACGCAGUGCCAGGACGGCAGCCACCCGCAGGAGCACCUGCAGAUCCUGUUCGAGUUCGCCAAGGAGAUGAUGCGCGUGGUGGACGACUUCAACAACAACAUGCUCUGGUUCAACUUCAAGCUCCGGGUCGGCUUCAACCACGGGCCGCUGACGGCCGGCGUCAUCGGCACCACCAAGCUGCUGUACGACAUCUGGGGGGACACCGUCAACAUCGCCAGCCGGAUGGACACCACGGGGGUGGAGUGCCGCAUCCAGGUGAGCGAGGAGAGCUACCGCGCCCUCAGCAAGAUGGGCUACGACUUCGACUACCGGGGCACGGUGAACGUCAAGGGCAAAGGUCAGAUGAAGACCUACCUUUACCCGAGGUGCACGGACAGCGGCGUCGUGCCUCAGCACCAGCUGUCCAUCUCCCCGGACAUCCGCGUCCAGGUGGACGGCAGCAUCGGGCGGUCUCCCACCGACGAGAUCGCCAACCUGGUGCCUUCUGUACAGAACUUGGACAAGCCAUCUCUGGGUCCCGAGAACAGCGCCCAGGCCAAGGACCCCCACCUGUCUUCUAAGAGACCCUGGAAGGAGCCCGUGAGAGCCGAAGAGAGGUGUCGGUUCGGCAAAGCCAUAGAGAAGGGUGACUGUGAAGACGCGGGGAUGGAGGAAGCCAACGAGCUCACCAAGCUCAACGUCUCCAAGAGUGUGUGACGCAGCCCCUGGCCGCUGCCCACGGUGCUCUGUUCCUCGAAACACAGUAAUAUUCGUGUUCGGCCGAAGUGCGCUCCGAGCGCCGCGGCCCCCACGCCCAGGAGUGGCGCCACGUGGUCACUGCAGCCCUAGCUUCUGUGAAGAUCACAGUCAUUCAGGGUUUGUUUUCAUCCGUUUCUCUCCUCUUCUCCCCGGGACCCUCUCCCCGCGGUGUCGCCGCCCAGCGGCGUGGAGAACAAGUGCCUUCGGGGGCUGGCUGUUGAGGGACAGAGACGGCAGGGCAGAGGUCUCGGCGUCGGGUACGGCUGGACUUUUAAGACAAAAGCUGUGGUCGGGAUAUCGUUCUUAUUGCUUUUUCUCACGAGACACUUUUCUUUGCUAAUGCCAUGUUUUUUGAGGUUUUUUUUUUUUUUUCCUAUAUACUUAAUAGCGUUUUCCAGUGACCUGACCCUUCUAUGUAAAUACACACACGCACACACACUUGCACUUACCAAUCUGAGCUCAAGUGCCAGUAACUCACCGAGGGGAGGUCAAGGCGGGGGGUGCGGGCUGAGAACAGCGGUCAGCCGGCGGCCUGGCGCCCCUCCCUCGCUGCGCCUUCCGCAGCGCCGGCCCCGGCGGGCUGUGGGCGCCCCGCGCCCCGCACCUCCGCACGCAGGCCAGGCUUCCCAACGCCGGCCAACCCGUAGCUAAGCUCGGGAAGCCAGGCCUCAGGAAUCUGAAAGCUGUGUUCACUCUGCCCUCGUGCCGUGCCGAGGGGUCUUCCAGCCGGGAGGGAAGGGUUUGUCCUUGAGGCCAGCUCGCCCGAGAGGGAGACGACAAUAAAUGCCUGGGGGUUGCAUUUAUUUAUUUA